AUGCCUGCUUUUUGUGUGUGCCCCUUCGCGAUUCGAAACCACCGCCUUUUAUCCACCUUAGGCGUUGUGUCUUUAUGGUAUCAGCCUCUCCGUCUGAAGCAGAAGAAAACCAAAACCAUCUCUGUGAUGGGGAAGGAGGAAAUCCAGGAAAGUCAUGUUAUUUUCCAAACCUCUGUUUCCUUCCUCUUCCUGUUCGAUUUCCUCUUCCGUCAAGUGGAAUAUCUGACUCUCCGCUCUGGACCGGACCUGGGGCCCAGGCUGCAGCAGCACCGACUCGAUUGUUGUUUACUCAACAUCCCUGGGCCAGGAAAAUUGAACAGAGCGUUGGCCCCGCCUUACACCCUCGGGCUCCUGAUUCUCAAAAACAAUGGUUGGGAUUCCAGACUCAGUUGUGAUUCAGGAAUAAAAGAUGAAAGGGGAAUCAUUGAGGACAAGCCAGUACUUUUCUUUCAAGCAUCUUUAAGAGCCCCUCUGAAGCUGGCUAUUGAAAACACUCCGAUAGUCUACUUUAUUCUGUCCCCUCCAUUUGAUUGUAAACUCCUGGAGCUCAAAAAGCAAACUAGUCUCAACCAUUUUGUAGAUGUUAAAAAAGGUUUCCAUCUACAUGGGUACUUCUUCCUUUUUGAUAAGCAAAAAACAACUCCGGGAAAGAGCAUGCAGGCUAAAACUCUCUGCUUCCUCUUCACCUCACGAGGACUCGUUAGAUCAUGGGCCGGCAUAAAGAUAUUCCCUAUUGGAAGAUCAGCUGUGACUUCACGAAAUAGAGAAACAAUCCAUGAAGAAUUUGAAAUUCAACAGGGACGAUUUGGGAGCAAACCUUCCAAAACUUCCGGGUCGACGCCCCUCCGGCCUGGGAAAGAGAUGCCACGGAGAGAGCUACAGGCAGUUAGACACGUCUUCCCUCCCACGGAUGGCGCGAAAGCUUUUGUAGGCCGUUUCUGCUGUUCCCCCCCACCAACUCUGCAGCCCCCCGCUCCUCCCCAGAGCCAUCCUGCUCGACCCCAAUCAUUCAGUCGAUCCAUCAGUGCGCCCUUCCGUCCGCCUCCUCCUCCGCCCCGGCGGAUGGACGAGCACCUGCGGCUCCUGCAGUCGCCUCCCCGGGCCCGGUCGCCGUCCCCGCCGUCGCCCAGCCCGUCGGUCGCCGGGAUGACGGCGCCGGAGCGGGAGCCGGGAGGAGGAGCAGGCCCGGGGCCGGAGGCCGGCUGCGGCGGCGAGCGGGUGGUCAUCAACAUCUCCGGCCUCCGGUUCGAGACGCAGCUGCAGACCCUGGGCCACUUUCCGGACACCCUGCUGGGCGACCCGGCCCGGCGAGUGGGCCACUUCGACCCCCUGCGCAACGAGUACUUCUUCGACCGCCACCGGCCCAGCUUCGACGCCAUCCUGCACUACUACCAGUCGGGCGGGCGGCUGCGCAGGCCCGUCAACGUGCCCAUCGACAUCUUCUCCGAGGAGAUCCGCUUCUACCAGCUGGGCGAGGAGGCCCUGGAGAAGUUCCGCGAGGACGAGGGCUUCCUGCGGGAGGAGGAGCGGCCCCUGCCCCGUCGAGACUUCCAGCGCCACGUGUGGCUGCUCUUCGAGUACCCGGAGAGCUCGGGACCGGCCCGGGGCAUCGCCAUCGUCUCCGUGCUGGUCAUCCUCGUGUCCAUCGUCAUCUUCUGCCUGGAGACGCUGCCCGAGUUCCGCGACGAGAAGGACUACCCGCCGCCCCCUCCUCCUCCCCCCCCGCCUCCCCCUCCUCCCCCUCCGCCUCCCCCUCCUCCUCCUCCGCCGCCCUCUGACCCCAGCCCGGGCCCCGCGGGCAACGGCUCGGCCGGGCCCGGGCCGGGCUUCUCCGACCCCUUCUUCGUGGUGGAGACCCUGUGCAUCAUCUGGUUCUCCUUCGAGCUCCUGGUGCGCUUCUUCGCCUGCCCCAGCAAGGCCACCUUCUCGCGCAACAUCAUGAAUCUCAUCGACGUGGUGGCCAUCAUCCCCUACUUCAUCACCCUGGGCACCGAGCUGGCCGAGAGGCAGGGCAACGGCCAGCAGGCCAUGUCGCUGGCCAUCCUGCGGGUCAUCCGCCUGGUGCGGGUCUUCCGCAUCUUCAAGCUGUCCCGCCACUCCAAGGGCCUGCAGAUCCUGGGCCAGACCCUCAAGGCGUCCAUGCGCGAGCUGGGCCUGCUCAUCUUCUUCCUCUUCAUCGGGGUCAUCCUCUUCUCCAGCGCCGUCUACUUCGCCGAGGCCGACGAGCGGGAUUCCCAGUUCCCCAGCAUCCCCGACGCCUUCUGGUGGGCCGUGGUCACCAUGACGACGGUGGGCUACGGGGACAUGCACCCGGUGACCAUCGGGGGCAAGAUCGUGGGCUCGCUCUGCGCCAUCGCCGGCGUGCUGACCAUCGCCCUGCCGGUCCCCGUCAUCGUGUCUAACUUCAACUACUUCUACCACCGGGAGACGGAGGGGGAAGAGCAGGCCCAGUACCUGCACGUGGGCGGCUGCCAGCCUCUCUCCGCCUCGGCCGGGGAGCUGGGCAAGGCGCCCAGCGAGUCCACGCUCAGCAAGUCGGAGGACGCGGUGGUCGACGAGGGGGCCAACCCCGGCCCCUUCCCCCGAGCCCCCUGCCAAGCGGGCAACCCCCUCGCCCCGGCCCCCACGGACGGCUCCUGCGUCAGCAUCAAAAAGCUCUUCACUGACGUUUAGCGCCCGUGUGAAAUGUGCCCCAUCGGUCUGCAUGUGCUCCGUUUUUGAAACAUUUCCAGAGCAUUCAUCCAAGAGGAGAAGGCUACGAAGAAGGGGAAAACAAUCCACUUCCCAAGCCCCUUCCCCCACCCCGCUUCAGAGAGAAACAGGGGUCUGUUGCGCUAAGGGGCUGCGUUUUAUCAGCUCGCCUUCUUUUCUCUUCUCUUUUAUUUUUUUUGGCGGGGGGCGGGGGGCAGAAGCGCCUUUAUUUCGUUUACGGUUGGGUUACUGUCUUCUCAGCUUUGUUUGCUAGGACACGUACUGGAUCUCAAACAGGGGGACCGUGCAGGGGGUGGGAAAGAAAAAUCGAAAUUGCACAGGGCAACUUAGCUACAUAACGAAAAGGAAAAUUAUCCUUCUCAGUCAGGGAGAGGGAAGCUUAGACGAGGCUCCGUUUCGAAGAGGGAUGGCGCGCCGCGGGGUUGCCUCCCCUCCAGAGAGUUUCCCAGAGGAAAUCCAAAGUAGCGCCGUGAUUUGGAAACCCUGCCUAGACGAUUCAGACUCGAUCCGUAUAAAGUCUCUAUCGAAUCUCCCUUCCCGGAAUCGUUCCCAGCCUCGGAGACUCCCGUCGGAGGAAGACGCCUCCCUCGAUUCAAAGCUUAAUCGUUUGACUAACUGUUAACUCUUUGGGCUGCUAAUGCAUUCUAAGGGGUUUAAACUGACGUUAAAUCACUGUGAAGAAGUUCUGAGGGGGUCCCGUUGGAAAGUCUAGAAUCAAAUAUGUUUUCAGGGUCCUGCCGGGGUGGAGGGGAGGGGGAGGGGAGAAACAAAGAUUUUUUUUAUUUUUUAUUUUUUCCGGCGCAUCUGAGAUAAGCGCCCGCUCUAUCACAAGGAGAUUAAAGCGGCAGACACCCCUUCCAGCGGAAGUUACUAAUUCGGACUCGAGUGAUGCAGUUCCCAUAGCAACACUGGUUUCCUGGGAAACCCGAAAAGGUUGUCAUGGCAUCUCUCCUCUGCCCCUUCCCCCUUCCCUCACUUCCCUUUGCCGUUUCCACAGUAACCUUUCCAGAUGGUUUCCACUUGACGCGAUUCCGCAGGAAAAUUGACGCUUUGGCACCGAUAAAGUUGAAUCCUCGAGAAUUAGAGGUGUCGAAAUUUACAAUCUCGAAUGCAUAUUUUUGGCGUGAAAAAACGUCCUAAAGUUCGUAGCGAUAUCUAUCCACGGAAUCCAGGAAGAGACGGUCAUCCCCGGAAUAGUAAGAUACACAAAGCCACGGGAAUAAAACGCCGGACAAUAGGCACUUCCUCAAAGACAGCGCCUCUCUCUCCCUUUCCCUCUCUGAGAGUCCAGCAGAACUGACGCCACUGGAAAGCAGUGUAUUCCUUCACUUACGCAAAUCUGAAAGAUUCAAGUAGGACACCUUCAAAACUUGUGUUUAAUGACCUCCGGGUGACCUGUUCCCAAAAGAAUUCACCCAGACCCAACAACAUAACCUCUGAAGAACUAGGUCUGAAGCUUUUUCCAAGAUACAAAAUUAUGCCAGUUCGUCACGGGGGUGGGAAAAAGAAAUCACCGACAAUCAAUAAUCAGGAGGGAUAGUGGCAAGGGACCCAAUCUUGGGAGAAGUGUGAAUGAAUGCCUCGUUUCAACCCUGCGCCGGGGGCUGCCAGACAGCAGACAGAAUCAGGAACUAAGAUGAUGGCUGCCUUAGAAACACCUAGAAAGCAGUUCCAAGUCCCUCCUACCACUCAGCUACAAGUGGAAGUGGCUCCCUCUCCUGUGAAAGAAAUGCCAAGAACUGGGCACACCUGAACCCCAACCUGAAGACUCUGGAAAUGCUAACGUGAGGCGGAGGUACCCACCAGUAGGUAUCUGGCAGGGAAACUCUCACGUGGCAGGAGUCGGCAAUGAGUCACACCGAGUCAGAGCCCUGCUGCUGUGGAGGGCGGCCAACAGAACUUGGGGACACUGGAUAACAGAAGCCGUCUCAAGUUAAAGAGCUACAGAACUGUACUGAGACCAGUAAAACGUUUCUAAAAGAACCACAAAGAUCAAGAGUGCAGUGAUAAUACUGUGUACUCUUUAAUGGAUAGAUGAUUUGCCUGCUUACAUAUAUUUUUGUUUCUGUUAGCACAAAACAAUUCCAUAAGUUAUGUGUUUCCUAACAAGCACAUUGUAUGGAGGGAGCAAGCCAAGAUCUUCGGAAGACUAUCUUCAAAUCAUGUGCAAUAUAAAAGAGACUGAUCAAAGAGAGGAAGGAAAUGCAAAAUGUUAUUUUGGAUAUCAUUUGGGCCCUUUGAAAUCUUUGUGAAUUAUAAUCAGAAACUAAAAAAAGGCAGUGCUGGUAAUGAAGAAAGUCUGAUAAAUUGUUUGGUUUUUGAAAGAGUCACCCUUUUUUUCUUUCAAAAGGAAUUGAUGUGGCAUAUAAUCAGUAAUGUGUCCAGUAAGUUGAUGUUAUGUUGUGAGAUUUCAUUUAUGAAAGCAUGUACUGUACCAAAGGCUCUUGUAUUUAUGUUAGCCCUAUUAUACAUAAAGAAGCAGCAGUCUUCACUGUGUCCAGGGGAAGCAUAUUAAAGCAGACUUACUUAAAAAAGAUGUGCCUUGCUUAAUUAAGCAUACUACAUGCAUCCCGUUUAAAAAAAAUCAAAACAAUAGAUUUUCAAAUUACUGUGAUUCCAAUUUAAGUGUUAACUAUGCUGAACUUUACAACAGUACAGCUAGUACUUUCUUCACUUUGCUAUUAAAGCGAUUAAUUUUGACCACUAUAGGAUAAUUACAACUAAAAAUACUUCCUACUUCUAUAUUCAUUCCACUGUGAUUUUUACAUGGUAUGUUUGAUUUGAUACUUUUGAGGUGCUGACUCUAACACUCUUAAGUGCAGAAUUUCACUCAACAUUUGAGAGCAGUUUCUUGAAAGGUGAAUAUGUGAUAGAUUUGAACUUUUUGCCUUCCGUGACAUUUGAAUUUUUUAUACUUUCUAUAUUUCCAUUUUUCUUAUAGAUUAAAGCGUUAUUGCGAAAAGAAGGCACAGGAGAGUUUUCUUUGGAAAAGGAAUGCAAAGUUGGGGGUAAUGUGCUUUUCUUUUUGUGGCAGUUCACUUCUGGGCCAUUAUAAUGUAUUUACUGUGACAGUACGGCAAAAUGGUAGCUAUUUGCACUUCAGUAGGCCUUAUGCAAAUUCUAACUGUGAACUUGUGGUGUAAAACAGAUUCUUUCCUUAUGCCUGCUAAUUCCUUUGGAACAUGUCUGUGCCCCUGUACGAAUCCACUCCCAAUUAUGUCAUUUGAAGACAUAACCCAACUGCUAAACUCAUCCAAAGCACCUACUGGGGAUCCUUUUUGGCUAGGGAACUGAGGUUAUGUAUUCCUGUAUCUGUUCUUUAUUUCCUGGAAGGAAAUGUGUAUACCUCGAAUUUAGUUGUUAACACUAACAACUAAAUGGCAAAACACCAGUUGUUUGUACCAAGACUGAGAUGAAUAAUUUCCUAAGUAACUAUUUGAGUCAAGUUCUACUAAUACAGACCAAGACCUUUAAGAGGAGCCCAUACUGUGCUUCCCAAAGGCUCCUCUCGAGAUAAAGGAAAAUGAUGAGACUCAGCACUAGUCUAGAAAACUCCACUAACCAUCUCUGUGAGGCUUCGUCCCAGUUCUCAAACUGCCUGCAGAGGUACCAAACGUGUGAACAGUCAUAGAUGGAGCUGAAAAUAAUAAACCUGAUGAUUUACCCGUUGACCCUGCUGGGGCUGGCUCUGUUUGCCCAAACUUGCACCUCUCUCUGAAGGUACAAAGUUUUAAAAAGUGAAGUGAACAGCAGAUUGUUGAGGGAUGCUAAGUGGGGGGAAAGCAGAAGGUGACUGGUGAUAAAUUCAAGGUGGCAGGGUAACAGAAACCAAAGGGAAAUGUUUGGAAGAUAAUUUUUUAAAGUUGUGAAAAUGAAACCAACAUCUAUUUCUCUGAGUUGUCAAUAUGGCGCAUUAAGGGCAUAUAGAAGGGGAGCAAUGCAGCCCAUGUAGAAAACAGAUUAAAUUAAGACUUCCUGCUCGGUGAUUCAAAAUACGAUUUAAAUCAUAGCUUAAAUUGGUUUGGUUUCAAUCAAAUCCACCCUGAUUUAGGGAAGAGAAUUGAAGAAGACCAGGACAUGGGUUCAUUUCCCAUGCAGGGAAAACGGGUAGCUCCUGGAAUCCUUGGCAGCAUAAUUUUAAUGAGACCAAUAGCAUUUCAAGAAGGUAAAAACCUACAGAAUAAAGUCUUCAAGAGGACUAUUUACAGUAGUCAUCGUAUUUAGCGUAUCCUCUGAUCAUUAAAUUUUGAAAUAAAUGUAUCUGAACUUCCUAGUACAUAAAGCAAAGAAUAGUUUGGAGGCAUUCUGGCAGUUGAAUGCCUCCUCUUCAAGCAUUCUGAUCAAUUUGUGUAUCGGGUGACAAACUAUGGCUAUGUUAUAAUAGUUAAACACUGCCGACGGCAUUAUGGUUGUUACUGUGUAAGAAAGCGGCUAAGACCAAUGACCCUGGGGUACUGUGCCCCCGUGGGACAGAGGGAGAUUCAUUCAACGGUAUUGAUUAGGUGCUUACUGUGUGCAGUACACUAUACUAAGCACUUAGGAAGAUAUGAAAUGAAAGGGGCAUUUAAUCUGGGCAUUUGUGUUCAACCCUCUUAUUCCAUUUCAUCAAAUUGUAAAUACAAUUAAACACCAUUAUCAAGUAUCCUGAUAUCCAAAGCAGUUGAAGGUUCUACUUGUGUGCUUCAUAAAUUCACUAUUCGAAUGUUGAUUUAGGUCCACAUUCAAGAUAUGUGUUGAUGCUGUUGCCUACUGCUUAAGGUUUUAGCAGGAAUUUGUGCUCUUGGGACUUGAAUGAAUUCAGCAAAGACUGGCAACUAAAUUGUGAAUCAUUCCACAUGUGAGAAAGAGUUUACUCAAGUAAUAGGGCCAGGGGUGACAAUUUUUUUAUUUUGAGCGUAGAGGCCAAAGUGGGUAGGGCAGAGGUGGGGAAAGGGGAUGGAGGAAUGGGGAUUAGGAUGGGACCAGCUUUCAAGAGCUAAUUGGUCAGAGAGGCACUAUUUUGGGUCUCUUCAAUCCCGACUGGAAACUCUCAGGUCUGGCUAGAGACCUGGGAUGAGCAAGUCUAGG